UAAUCGGGUACAGUGCACAAGCGUAACUACUCCCCAUUCCUCACAACUAUUCCUUCACAAGGCUGUAAUUACGCGUAAUUUGUGUCGUCCUAUUGUUAUUUCUAUGUAUUUAGUUAAUUAGUAUUUGUAAAGCACAUCGAAUUGAUUUAAUUGAAACAUUAUGUCUUAUCAAGGAUCCUACCUAACCGUAGCUGUAGCUACAGUCGGAGUUGCAUAUUGUACUUACCAACUCUACAAAUACACUCGAAAAUCUAAAUUGCCUGCAGAAUGGAAAGAAGUGGGGACACUUAAAGAACUUCUCAUUUAUCCAAUCAAAUCUGUCGGUCCUGUGCUAUUGAAUAGUGCCGAGUGUACGCUUCUAGGUUUAAAGGAUGGUUGGUUGCGAGAUCGAGUUUUAAUGGUAGUAGAUGACAAAAAUAAUUUUAUAACUGGCCGAGUUUACCCAAAUCUUCUAUUAGUGCAGCCUACAAUACGAAAUUCCAUCCUUACACUGAAACACAGCGGUAUGGAACACAUCAAUAUUGAUCUGGCAAAGGUACUAUUUUUUGGCAUCUCAAAAAGCCGAGCCGCUCGAGUUUGGGGAGUGACAGUGCCAGUACUUGACUGUGGAAUAGAAGCAAGUGACUGGUUCUGUAGGUUGCUGAACAAAACUGAUGUCAAAUUUAAGCUUGUACUACUAUACGCCUCGCAGAAAUGUCGGCAGUUGAAAAAUCCCAGCAAACACUUUAGUUUUACAAAGAAUGAUACGGGAGCAUUCCCAGAUGAAGUAUCAUUCAGUAUGAUGAACGAGGCCUCAGUGGACGACCUCAACACAAGAUUACAAGAUAAAGUGACCCCACGCCAUUUCAGGGCUAAUUUCCUACUCUCCGGUGCUAAGCCAUACGAAGAAGACAACUGGAAAUUUAUCAAAAUUGGCGAAAACAUUUUUGAAAUUAUCAAACCAUGUUUCAGGUGUAUUUUGACUACAAUAUCUCCAGAAACUGGUGUUCGCCAUUCGAAAAUGGAGCCGUUGCAAACGUUGAAAAACUACCGUCAAAACGACGACCCUGCGAUACGACGAUCGGAGGGCAACGCGCCUUGUUUGGGAAUGCAGAUGGCGCUACGAUCACCGCCUGGUGGAAUGAUAACACUCAACGACCGAAUUUAUGCAGCCUAAUUAAUUAAUAUAAUAUAUUAGGAAUAAGAUUUUUAUCAUUUUAAUAAAUUAAAAUCACGACAAUAACAACUACCUACCUAAACUUUC